AGUUAAUCAUCCAUGGUGUAGUGUGAGAGUGUUUGUGAAGCCACUCGGGUCUGGUAGAUGUAUCUGAUCGGGGUUAUCCCUCCUCUCCUCCCUCUCUCAGAUCACUCCUCUGACUGAGUGCGGACAGUCGCCCACAAUAACCGGCUCUAUAGCAGCCGCUGCCUUAUCUCAUCUCGGUGGAUCUACUCCGGUGCCGACCCGUGCCGGCUGUUCCCCCCAUAUCAUCUGAAUCACAGAGACACAAAAGAGAGAUGCGGUUUCACUUUCUUUGCUUCCAAGGACCCGUAUCUUUCACAUCUUUUCCCCGGAUCUUUGUUUGUGGACGGCCGGCUGCGUAAUGCUCCACAGCAGUGGCAGCAGAUGUGUUAAGAGACUCAGCUAAUAGGCAGUAUCUCUUCACAGUGCAUCAGCAUAGCCUGAUGCUGAAAUCCCUACAUUUAUGAGAAGGCAACAGGAAGCAGAUUACUGAGGGAUUAAAUGCAUGCACACUUAUGCACAUGCACACACAGAUAGUACCACAGUUCUGGGAUUUGGCGGCUGUCCAACUGUGGAUCUUGCACUGAAUGACUUUGUCUGACUGACAGACUCUGGUAUCAUGGAAGAAGAGGAGGAGCCUACAGAGUCUCAUUGAAUUCACCUCACCUAACCCCACCUCCUUUCUUCUGCCUCACUAUCGAACUCUUUGACUGGUCGAUGAGGAUUACUGCCUGUCCGCCUGGUGCUGUCCCAUGAUGCAUCUACACAUGUAAGAGCAGGAUCAGCCACACAGGGCUGUUUCUAUGGAUACCCCUGCCCUGGGUAGUAUUAAUAAGACUCACUGAUAUCCUGACUAUCUGCGCGUGAAGAAAAUACAAUAAGAGAAUAGAAGUGCAUUCCUGCAGCAGACUACAGCGUCAAAUAACAUCUUUGGAACAGACAUCAUCAUCAAGUGUCAAGAGGAAAAUGUUGAUAUUUUUAAACAUGUACUUUACACUCUUUGUUCUAAACACCUAAAAGGUUGUUUUUAAAUGUGGUGCCUUGUGGAUUCUCAGCUGGUUCACUAAAAGGGCGAUUUAUUAAGAAUCUGCCCACACAGGACCAGAAGAGGAGGAGAAGAUGAUGCACAAAGACGCUUCUUGGGCCUGAAGGAAACAUAUCUUCUUUUCUAACCUGCUUGCAAUACUUUGUUCAGCUCAAAAUUCUGGGCCCAAUUCUGGAACUUUUGUGGGCCCCCUAAAACUGCUACCACCUUUUGCCAGACUAGUUAUUGUACUGAAUUUCGGUUUACAUGCACCAGCUACCUAAAGAAAAAUUCUGGUCUUUAGUUAAGGUUCUGGACUCACCAGCAAGAUGUAACAUCAUGUGCUUGAGAUAAUAACAAAGCACUUUUAAUCUAGAUAGUGUGGGGAUCCAUCGAGCUUGAAGUACUUAGAAUCAUCUAUCAUUGUCCCUAAGACCUCCAGACUGAGCGAUCAUGGCCAGACAAGAGACCCCCCUCUUCCUCCAUGGUUUUGAUCUGGGUGGGCACUUUGUUGACCUUCGACCUCUCGGCACGGGUGUUACAGGCCUGGUCCUCUCAGCUGUGGACGAGCGCACAGGACAGCGUGUGGCGAUUAAAAAGCUGGUGAUGCGUGAUGCAGUGACGGUAAAGCACGCUCUGCGGGAGGUCAGGAUCACCCGCCGGCUUCACCAUGAAAAUGUGGUGAGUGUUAAUGAGGUUUUGGCGCCGUACGGACGACCACUGCCCAGAGACCCGACCCAACUGAGUGCCCUGUACAUCGUCCAGGAGUGCAUGGAGACGGAUCUGGCUCGGCUGCUCGAACAAGGACCACUACCCACAGGUCACGCUACUCUGCUGUUCUACCAGCUGCUGAGGGGACUGAAGUUCAUCCACUCAGCUAACGUCCUGCACAGAGAUCUGAAGCCUGCCAACAUAUUCAUCAACACAGACCAACUGCUGCUCAAGAUUGGAGACUUCGGGCUGGCCAGGAUAGUCGAUCCUCAUUAUUCUCAUAAGGGUUAUCUGUCCGAGGGUCUGGUAACUAAGUGGUACUGUUCCCCCCGUCUGCUCCUGUCCCCCAACAACUAUACCAAGGCGAUCGACAUGUGGGCCGCUGGCUGCAUACUGGCUGAGAUGCUCACAGGACGCAUGCUGUUUGCAGGAGCUCAUGAGCUGGAGCAGAUGACGCUGAUUCUCGACACAGUGCCGGUGCUGAGAGAGGAGGACAGGCAGGACCUGCUACAGGUGAUGCCUUCAUAUGUCAGUCAUGGAUGGAAAGUCAAGAAACCCUUUUCUGAAUUGCUGCCUGAAGUGGAUGCUCAGGCCGUGGACUUCCUUCAGCGUAUUUUGACCUUUAACCCCAUGGAUCGGCUGACAGCUAAAGCAGCGCUUACCCACCCCUUCCUCGAGCAGUACUCCUGUCCAGAGGAUGAGCCCACCUCAUCGCAUCCCUUCCGCAUCGAGGACGAACUGGAGGACAGCCUCGUCACCGAGCAGAGUCUCAGCAACAGCAACAGUCAAGCCUCCAGCAUCCACUGGGAGAGGUACGAGAACAGUUUAUCAACUGAUGUGUCCUGGCAGCAGUCAGGCGGCAGGUGUCGCUGCAUGCCCCCUGGCCACAUGACCUCUGACCUGGGAGACACCACAGAGGAUGAGGAGGUGCAGAGAGACCCCCGGGCCAGUUCCGUCGCAUUGUUAGAGGAGGCGCAGGUCGACCCACGCAAGUAUUCCCACAGCAGCUCAGCUGAACGUUUCCUGGAAAACUCUCACUCUUCUCUGGAACGGGCCUGUGGUUUAGGGUAUGGGGAACUGGACUGUGGCCGCUCCUGUGACUACAAAGUGGGCUCUCCUUCAUAUCUGGAUAAAAUUGCCUGGAGGGAGGGCAAGCCUCAACAUUACUCAGAGCCUAAGCUGAUCCUGGAUCUGUCUCACUGGAAGCGUAACACUAACAGCCUCCCUGCGCCUGCUGAGCCUAUUGGUGGCAGCGUGGAGGACCUGGGAGCGAUGAAAGAGGAGGAAGCAGAAGAGGAAGAAGAAGAGGACACGGGGGAUUUAUUCCAAGAGAUCUCUCGCUGGGUGGAGAGCACCCAGUCUCAUCUGCACUCACCCAGUCCAAGUCCUUCUGUGGAGCCAUUCUCACCCUCUUGCUACAUCUCCUCUCCCCCUCUCCCUCUCUCCCCGACUGACAAUCCAACUCCAGUUUUCCACUAUACGGAAGUUGUGCGGCAACCAUCAGCUGAAUAUGAUGAAGACAGACUGAGCCCACUUCAGCCUGUCACGUCUUCCCCUAAUUCCCUUCCCUCACUUCUCCCCUCAUCUCCUACCUCUCCAAUUCCCCCUCAGUCACCUCAAACAGUGUCUCCCCCUACCUUCCCACUUUUUCCUUCCCAAGAAUUUCAACCCCUUUCUUCUACUUCAUCCAUUUCUCAGCCAGUAAACGAUGACUCCUUGGAGUCACUUCCUGUCAAGCAAAAAGAGCGGCUGUUCGACCUGGACGUGUUCAUAUCCCGCGCACUGAAACUGUGCCGGCAGAAUAAGGAGAAAGCAGACGGAAAGAAAUUAAAAGAUGGAGGAUGGAGGGAAGAAAGCAAACAGCCGAACAUUAACCGCAAGGUGCCCAGGCUUCCAGAGCACAGGACUCCUCCACCUCAGGCCCCCAACUCUUGAUGUUGAAUUUUAACUUCAGGUCCACCGCAGUAUAGCCUCAUAAUGGCUAGCACUUCCAAAUGCUCAUAGUGCUCUACAUAGUAAGGGGUGUCCGUGGUUGAAUCUGCUGCUUAAACAUUAGACCUUAGUGUUUGUAGUCUUUUUGUUACUAGUGCGAUGACAAGCUACACACUGUGACUAAAACUCUCACUUAAACAAGCAACCCUGCAGCUUUGUCAAGUGGUGCUCUCAGGCAAUAAGAGGUCAAAACGUAUUUGGGUUGAAUAUGAAUAACCAUGAUUAGCAUUGCAAAUAUCAAGGAUUUGUUCUACAUGGGAAUAUCUAGAAAUAAUCAACUAAUUAAUGAUUGUGGUAUUUGUGGUUUGCUGUCAUUUGUCAAGUACAAGAUGGGUCAAACCUUGACUUGAUUGCGACUUAUUCAGCAAACAUCUGCAUAUGACUGCAACAAGAGUUACCCAGGCUAAUGUGUGCUAAAUGACAGUAACACCUACUGGAGAGGAAUCACUUAGGUUUAUUUUAAGUUUGCUUUAGAAUUUUGUUUCUAUACAAGAUAUCUGCUGUGUGUCAGUCAGUCAGUUAUUUUUUUGAAACGUCAGACAGUCUUCCAAUGGUGAUGUUCACCGAAUAAUGAUAAUGACACGGCAAAUGCUGAAUGUAUUAACUGAAAACUAAUCAGUGAAAUUGUGCUGCGUGAUGAACAAUAAGGAUUUUAUUUGUUACUGUUUUAACACUCUCACAGUGACUUAAUGAGCUCUGUCACUGCAGUGCUACAUGCCUUGUAAACUUGUAUAAAACUGUUUUCGUAUUUAAAUCUAUAGUAUUUCUCAAGACUGUUGGUAUUGAUAUCUAAAAUGUCUAAAGUAUUAUUUGCUGAAUCACAAUUUUCUGUUUAUUUGGAGUGAGUUGUAUUUAGUUUAAUUGUGGAAUGAUUUAUCGUAAUAAUUUAUGCUCGAUUUCAAUCUUAAGUAGUUUAUUAUCUUGUCUGCCUGAUGCACCAAACAAGGUCAUCAUCUUCUGUACACUUACUGAAAAGAUACUAUCCUCUCUGUACUAGACUGUGAGAUAUCUGUCACCAUUUUGCUCACUUAACUGUUAGCCACACAAAGCUAUAAUGCAAACAACAGUAGCUUAUAUUUUGGAGAACGUAGAUCCUUUGCAAACCUUUAUAGUAAAUGAUUUGUACUCAAAACUCCUCAAUGCUGCCCAAUAACCAUAUUAAUAUAUGAAACAGAAAAAAACCAAAACAUAUAUUUUGAAAUACUUUUCUAGCCAGCGUUGAAGACAGUAGACCCUCAGAUUGUUAUUUAUUCAAGGUAACCAAAUCAGGUAAAAGAUAUAGUCGGAUGUAAGUUAUUAACAGAUUAAGGCUGUUGGCUUGAGCCUCAUGCUUUCUCAAUCAAGUGCAUCUUGGAUAUGGAAAUGGAAUUAAAAUAUUCCAUGUCAUUUUGUAACCUGGAAGAAAUAGGGUUCCACCAUCCCCGGUUUGACAUGUAAUGCUCUGCUGUGGGUGUACCACAUGUGUACAGUCUAUACAAGGGUCCAUCUAUUGGGCACCCCAGAGGCACAAUACUGAGAUGCAUAAAACACACUGCCAGCACAAAGUCUUUCAUACCCGCUUACUCUCUAAUCAUUUUAAUUCUCAAUCCACAUCAUCACACAGAACACUAGGACAGCGAUAGUGUGUCAAGUUGAUAUCCUACUUUCCACAAUGCAGCAACUGUAUCUCUUUCUCUGCCGUUAACAGCUGUUAAAUAUUAAUGCUCAUGUCAAGUUGGUCUAAAAAGGUUGACUCACAUAAUAUUUGCACCUUCACUGUCGGCAAACAUACACAGGUUGUGGACAGAUCAUCACUUUCACAACAUAGUAUGAGCCAUAUGUGAGAAUUGCUAACAGUACAAGCUAUGAUACAGCAAAGCCAGGUAAAUUCUUAUAUUUUCACAGUAGACAUGAAGCACAUUUGAGUCACUAGCACAUUCAGAAAUACAGGUUUUCCUCAACUGGAACGACACCACUGUCAAGGUGCAAACUGUCCAUUUUGUGAUUCAGAACCAUUUAUCUAUUUAUAGAAAUAGACUUAAGCUGUGCUGCAGUCAAACUAAUUUAAAUGAGUUUUGUUUUUAACCUAUUUUGAAUGAUAUAGUUUCCUCCGCAGGUAACCUAAGCCAGCAAUAACAUCAUUGACAAAUAACACAAGCAUACUGUAACUAUUUUAAGUAUGUGAAGUAAUGUAGAAAAUGUGCCUCAGUACACCUCGAUGCUUCCAGCUUGCUGAAUGUAACAUAUCCUCUCCCUUCUGCAUGGCUUACAACUAUUCAAAUAGCUUAAAAUUUGUUUUUAUGUGUCACUUUUUUGGACAUUUAGAUUUAUGUGGGCUUUUGUUUAUUUUGUACUCACGCUUUAAGAAGGUUUCAGCUUUUCAUUUGAGAAAAGCUGUGGAGUUUUUAAAUGCUCAAUAUUGAUUGAUAGUAGCUCUUUUUGCAGUUUCUGUUUUUGCUGAAGAAUUAAUAAAACAUUACCUAAAGUGUUA